UAUGGUAUACACAGUUGAUAAAAAAGGCAACAACGACUAAUAUCAGUUCAUCAUUUUAAAGUUCUAUGCAACUGGUUAAUCGCUGUUAGUCUGAUGGGUUUCUAGCAUUGCUAGUCAGCUCUUAGGUUGCAGCUGCUUAUUUUACUGUGCUGGUUGACCCCGGUUUCAGCCGGCACCUGUUCAUUAGGCUGAGUUUGUUGGCCAGCCCGCAGGGUAGACGACGUAUCUAGUUGAGUCAUUUGACUGUGUGUCUAAUUGACUAUAGUUAUCUUGCUUUUUCGGUGUGGUCGAUUUCCUGGACGAGUGACAUGCCUGUCUUCGUUGAAGACCCAGCUCAGUUCUCCAAGCCGAGACUUAAGUCGGAACUCAUAGCCCACAAUGUCACGCUGCCUGCCGCAGAGAGCAAGAAGCAUGUUUAUAUGGAACUAUAUUCGAAAUGCAUCGGUCUGAAAAGUGCUGCAGAUUUCUCUAGUGACGAGGAAGAUGUACAAGAAAGUCAGGACUGUGAAGAGAGAGAAAAAGAUCCAGAGAUGAUUGACCCCUGUGGACUGACUGAUGAUGAGCUUAAGGCCACACUGCUCCAAUAUGGAGUCGAAGCUGGACCCAUUGUGGGUACCACUAGGUCUCUGUAUGAGAGGAAGCUGCAGAGACUAAUGGAACUGGCUGGGGGCAGACGGCACAGUGAAACAGAGAAUGCAGACCGGUACUCAUACAGUGAAGAUGAGUUGGAGGACGAUCAAGAUUCUGAACAAGGAAGAGCAGAAACAGUUUCAUUAGUGGCAGACAAGCAGCAUGUUGACAGUGACAUACAGAUUGGACGGCACUUUCCCAAUAAUAAAAAGGUUGAAUAUCACUAUCAUCAAUGUUUUCUGCCUUCAUCCAGAAUGCGGUUUCGGAGAGAUCCGGGCCACUUUGAAUUUAAUCCCAGGAGGAAUGCAGGGAAUCAGAGGAAUGUGGCGGAGUCGUCCAACACCGAGAGGAGGAACCAGGAUCUCCCACUGCCUGUGACUCUUGAGCAUGAGGCUGUCCAGAGCAGAACAUCCUCUAUACUUGGACUGCCCACCGAAUCAGUGGUGCAAGCCCAGCCUGUGUCUUUGGGGUGUGGCUGUCAAGCUGACUCCUCCCACUCCCCUCAGAGCUUCAGCAUUACGCAGAUGGUGGAGGAGAUUGAGAGUCGGAGUCCUCUGUCCAGUAGUAGUUCAGAAACUAAGAGGGGACACAGUGGGACUAGUAAAAAAGGACUUAUACCAAAGCUCCAAUGGCAGGAAGCAGCCACAAGUUUUCCAGACAAGUGUACGAUGACUAACAGACCCCUAUGCAUCACCCCCAAGACAUCCCCAUUGAUACGGCAAAUAAAGGUGCCGAUCAAAGAUGUCCUGAUGGAGAUGUUCCCAGAAACAAAACCUACACCCACUGGCAUCGCUGCCACCCGUCGGAGGCCUAUCAAGGGUGCAGCUGGGCGACCAGUCCAUUUUAAGUAUCCAGAUCUCCCUGCCAGUCCCAUGGCCCAACAGAGACAUGCAGUAGAGCGUCACAUGGUCCCUCUGUGGGUUCAGAUCCUGGUCUUCCUCAUUCUGGGCUGCCUCCUUUAUGUCAUCUAUGCUUCCAUGGAAAACCGCUUGGACAAUCCCUUUGUGACCCUGCUGGACAACCUCAGCGUGGUGACCGAGAGAGAGACUAAGGGGAUGUCACUCCAGGCUUAGCCUUAAGGGGUACCCAUGCUAGCUUAAUGGAGGAAUACAUCCCCCGAUCCACACUUGGAGAAGAAUGUUGUCACCAUCUUUUAAAAUUGUAUAUGGCUCUACCAUUAGAUUCUAUGAACACCUUUUAACCUAAUUGAGGAUUAUUGUAUAUUUAAUUGUUGUACAAUAAUGUCAAGUUCUGAGUUCUAGUAGAUUUUACUUUUGGUUUUGUUGGACCACAAAAAAAUGUGGUCAAGUUGUCUUUUGUUAUGUCAGUUUUUCCAGAGUUGCUUGUGUUAUUUUGAAUAAAGAUAUUCUUUCCUUAAU